CCCACGACAAUUGUUUUUUUUUUCCUAUUUAUUCCAGUUUCCUUCUUCCUCCACGAACUCCCAUAACUCUCCCACUUUCAUCUUCUUUUCAUUAUUGAACUCUACCCUUCUUCACCCCACCACCAUCACCUACACCUACACCCAGACCAGACCCUCGAUCCCUUCUUAAUACAUCCCACAUCAAUCAACCUCAUCUACCCAAUCACAUUAUUAUUUUUUUCGCCGUAGUCUACGCUGUCGUCAAUUGCCAAGCCAAAAUGCCUCCCCAGUAUCCUGGUUUCACCAUUGUGGAUGCCAUUAAGGCAGCUGGUCCUGCUCCUGACCUCGGCGCCUAUGGAUUUGAUCCCGAGCACACAAUUGAGCCGCCUGUUAACUUCUACUGCGAUGUUCAACCUUGUCGCGCUGUCUUCUCAACACACCAUGGCACCAAACCGUUUCAGACUCCUGAGAACCCGCAGCACACUGGCGCGCGAAGAUUCCGCAAGUGGAAUGCCGGCGAAAUCCAGGCCUGUUGCGAUAACAUUCGCAGCAGUUUUCCCGUCGAUGUGAUGCACAUCACACCUUUGGAGAAUUACGCCGGCCUUUACGAGUAUUUCGACGCCCACGACUUGUACCAUCUCGGCACUCACAACCUCUGGAACGUCAUUCACCACCUUCAUUUCGAGAACCAGUACUACAUACUGAAUGAGGCCUGGAUGUCUUCGCAGGUCGAGCGCAUCAUUGCGACCAACGAGGUAGUCCGAGAGAAGCUUCGCAACUUCGACCCCAGAGUCACCAACGACAUCUUGUCGAUGUUCAAGCCCGAAGAGCUAGGGGAUCUUGCGCGCGUUAGCGUAGAGCAGCAGGGUGCCCUUCGUGCUAUCUUUGUAACGCAGUACAUGCGUCUUAGUCGGGGAGGAUCUGUUCGACGUGAGUAAUGUCAUCGUUCUCUAGAGUAUUCUUUCUUAUUCAUCUCCUGCAUUUACUAACAUGCUAAAAGGAUCCCCCGAUACAAUGCCAGCACACGGA